CCCUAAUAUUUUUCUCUAUAUUUUCUUAUCACAUCUAUGUAAAAACAAUAAUAAUUACAAAAUGGACAUAAUUUUUUGUUGCAGCUACUCUUUGGCAUCACUGUUUCAUAGUUCAGUUAUCUGUCUGCAAUGGUUUCGGGGGUUAGCUAAUAGUAUUGUUUAUUUUGUUUCAUUUACUUAUGACUGAUGUUUGUCAACAAUGUCAAACCCAAGUUUUAACAAAAACAAUGGGGCCAUGAAAAUUCGUUUGACAAUUCUGUGUGCACAAAAUUUAGCAAGAAGAGAUCUAUUUAGAUUGCCAGAUCCAUUUGCCAAAAUUAGUGUAGAUGGUUCUGGGCAAUGCCAUUCGACAGAUACAUGCAAAGGAACUCUAGAUCCAAAAUGGAAUCAGCAUUAUGACCUAUAUAUCAGUAAAAAUGAUGGUAUAACGAUUAGUGUUUGGAAUCACAGAAAAAUCCAUAAGAAAGAAGGAAGUGGGUUUUUAGGCUGUGUUCGCAUAUUGCCAAAUGCUAUACAACGUCUCAAAGAUACAGGCUAUCAGUGCUUGGAGUUGGCCAAAGGAAGUAGUGAUGACAGUGAGGUUGUAAAAGGCCAGAUAGUUGUUUCUUUACUUUCAACCGAAGGCUCUCCGCAAUCGCAUGCAGAUGGCCUUCCUUUUGGCUGGGAGGAACGGAGGACUUCUCAGGGCAGAUUAUUUUAUGUUGAUCACCGCUCACGCAAAACCCAGUGGACUCAUCCAUUUACUCCUAGUCCUAUGUCAAGCCCAACACAUCAUUCAAACAAUGAAUCAAAUGUUUCUACUAGAAAUGAUGGGGGAACUCCUACGCAACCUAUUGCACCUACUAACAAUAAUGCUCAAAGAGAAAGGAGGACUGAUUCUUGCCUGCCUGGCUUACCACCGAGUCAAGCUAGAAGAAGGUCCAGUAGGACUAGGCCCAGUAACCAUUCUCGGCAUAAUAUUCAACAGCCACCUGAUCUGCCAUCUGGUUACGAGAUGAGAACAACUGAGCAAGGACAGGUAUAUUUUUAUCAUAGUGCAACCGGUGUCAGUUCUUGGCACGACCCGAGGGUACCGAGAGAUACUGAGGCAGAGCGCCUUGGACCUCUUCCCCCAGGUUGGGAAUCACGUCACACACCUUCUGGUCGGGUUUACUAUGUCGAUCAUAACAAUCGUACUACCCAGUUUACUCACCCUGCUGCCCUUUACCAUUAUACUAGACAGCAGCAGCAGCAACAGCAACAACAGGGCAGGCCAAACCAGCAACAACAACCUCCUAAUCAAAACCAUCAACAACAAAGAAGCUUGGACAAAGGAGAGGUUGGAGAACCUUCCGAAGGUGAGGCUUUGCCGAAGUAUAGAAGAGAUCUGGUUGCCAAGCAAAAGAUAUUGAAGGCAGAAUUGACUGCCCUACAACCACAGAGUGGCCACUGCAGGCUGGAAGUGUCAAGGCAUGAAAUAUUUGAGGAGUCUUACCGGCUAGUUAUGAAAAUGAGAUCAAAAGACCUGAGAAAGAGGCUAAUGGUCAAAUUCAGAGGCGAAGAAGGCUUAGACUACGGUGGUGUUGCCAGGGAAUGGUUAUAUCUUUUAUCACACGAAAUGCUGAACCCGCAAUAUGGUCUUUUCCAGUAUUCUACAGAGAGCAACUAUACAUUACAGAUCAACCCUGACUCGGGAGUUAAUCCGGAGCAUCUAUCCUACUUCCACUUUGUAGGAAGGAUUAUAGGUAUAGCUGUAUUUCAUGGCCAUUACAUCGAUGGAGGGUUUACUACGCCAUUUUAUAAAAUGUUGUUGAAUAAGCCCAUCACGCUAGAUGACAUAGAAAGUGUUGAUCCCGAGCUUCACAGAAGCUUGAAAUGGAUACUAGAAAAUGACAUUUCACCUGUUAUUGAUACUACUUUCGCUGUUGAGUGCAAUAGUUUUGGAGUUUUAAAAGUACAUGAAUUAAAAACAGGUGGUAAAGACAUCCCUUUGACUGAAGAAAAUAAGAACGAAUAUGUCAAAUUGUAUGUAAACUACAGGUUCAUGAGAGGGAUUGAACAACAGUUUCUUGCGUUACAAAAAGGCUUUACAGAAUUGAUUCCAACUCAUCUCCUACGACCUUUUGACGAAAAUGAAUUAGAAUUGAUUAUUGGAGGUUUAGGAUCAAUAGAUAUAGUUGAUUGGAAGGCUAAUACAAGGUUAAAGCACUGCACUCCUAGCACCCCUGUUGUCGUAUGGUUCUGGCAGAUCGUAGAAAAUUUCAGUGAAGAGAUGAGAGCACGUCUGUUGCAAUUUGUCACUGGGAGUUCAAGAGUACCUUUGCAAGGAUUCAAAUCUCUUCAAGGUUCAACUGGAGCUUCAGGCCCGAGAUUGUUUACAAUUCAUGUAACAGACGGUCCUCAAGAAAAUCUACCUAAAGCACAUACCUGUUUUAAUAGGAUUGAUUUGCCACCUUACGAGUCGAAAGAAAAAUUAUACGAAAAACUUUGUCAAGCUGUUGAAGAAACUUGUGGUUUUGCAGUAGAGUAAUAGAGGCUUGCCUCUUAAAAAAAUUAAUUACUUUACGUUCUGAUAGUAUAAAGUCAGAGUUUUGUGAGUGAGAAGAAGGUUGCCAGACCUUUAUUGCUAGUUAUUUUAUCUAUUUAUUGCUGCUAUGUCCAAUCAAAGUUAUAAGAAUGCUAGUAUAAAUAAAUGACUGACUGUUAAAAAAAUAAUUAACAUUGUUGACCUGCUUUCGUAGUAAUUAGGUGAUCGUCCGAAUUACUGUUAUAUUAUCAGUAAUGAGUUUUAUCAGUAGUAUCAGUACUAAAAUCUGCUUAUUAUUGUUAUAUUAUCGUUGCUGUUAGUUUAUUGGAUAAUUUUCUUUUUUACUAUUAUUAAUUAUCCAAGUUUAGAAUAAAUUGCUAUUUAAUAGUAGAUACCAUUAGAAUUCUUGAUUCGAUGAAACAGAUCUUACUUUUAUAUCUGUUACAUUUUCUUUCCUUUUAUGUAUACCGUUGUUGUUAUAUAUUUAUUAACGCUUACAGAUGUUAUUGUUUGCAUUUGUCUGGUAACCUUUAAAUUUUUUGAUGAAUGUAAAAUCAAUUGUGAUAAUUAAUUCUAAAUAAUUUUAUAUUCUAAAUAAGACAAUACAAUUAAGUUAAAUAAAUUGUUUGUUUAUAAAACAAAUAAAAAUAGAAUUAUAUAUUUUUUAUAAUUAAGCAAAAUAACCAGCACCUUGUUAUUAUAUAAUGAAAGAAUCUCUUUUGUGUUGGUAUUGUUUGAAUUUAUAAAACACGUUGAAUAUUUGAUGUGAUAAUAUUGUGUUUUUCUUCUUAUUAUUUUUUAAAAUCAGAUGUUAAAAAAAUUGAUUUUUUUUUUUUUUGUAGUUAUUUAACACAUUGGUUAUAUACAUUGUAUGCAUAC